UCUGUCAUUAGUUCGAUUGUGAGCUGUCAGUUUAGUUUUUUCUCUGAUGUAUAUGAGUGCUUUUUACGGCUGAUUAGAAAAUUAAUUCUUAAAUUUGUGAAUUUUAUGUUACAAUAACCAAGGAGUGCAAUAAAUCAUUAUGCGGUGUAUUCUGGUUGUUGACUAAAAUUUAGAAAAAAAUCAACGUAAAUAUACCAACUUUAUACAGUGGGUUUAUCAAUAGCUGAUUUCAAGUGUGGAAAUGUAAAGAUACAUCGAUAUCCUUAUUGGCCUAUAAAAAAAAAAACAAAAAAAAAAUAAAUAAAUUCAACGGAAAAAAAUUGUUGCUCUUUUAGCUGAGCAUAGAAAACUAUUGUCAUUAACAUUCGUUGAAUUGGCGAUAAAAUAGAAAAAAUAUAAAAACAAAGGGUUAGCAACGACAGCAAAAACAACGACAACGGCGACAACUACCAUCUUUCUGCUUCCGAACGAUAUCAAUUUCCGCUGACGUCGGUGAAAAGAAUAAUCAAUGAGGAAUCAUCAAAAAUAGCAUAACCUAACUAAGGAUGACAGAUUUACCAGAAUGGAAGUUCAAACGGUGAACAAUCACCUAAAUAACUCCCUCAUAUCACCGCCAGCCUUGUCACAGUCACAACAAGCUCAAUUAAAUAACAGUAUCAUUGCUCUGAGCCGCAGCAACAGUCCGGCCAGCUCGAAUUCGGAAAUCGAAAAAGAGCUGCAAGAUUUGGAUUUGAAUAGUUCACUGAAUAGUGGCAGUGUUAGUUUGGGUGCCGAACUAAAUUGUAAAUCAAAUGGUUCGCUGAGCGGUGCGUCUACUACAAGCUCGACGACAGGCCUCACAACCUCAGUGACCACAGCAGCAGCAGCGGCGGCGGCAGCGACUACAGCGACAUCAUCUACUGAAGCAUUAAUAAAUGGCAAUGGUACUGAUGCAACAAAUGCUGGUAAUAGCUCUACAACAGCCGGCGCCACAGCAAGUAAUGCAUUGGCACAGGUGAAGAAGCGCAUUUCCAGCAGCCGAACACCAACACGCAAAGCGAGGCGAAUAAAAUUCUAUCGCAAUGGCGAUCGAUUCUAUACGGGUAUUACCAUUCCAGUCUCAAAUGAACGUUAUAGAUCAUUUGAGAGCCUUUUUGAAGACUUAACACGAUUAUUAGAGGAAAAUGUAAAAAUUCCAGGAGCUGUGCGUACAAUUUAUACCAUGUGUGGCAAGAAGAUCUCCACUUUGGACGAACUCGAAGACGGCCAAAGCUAUAUUUGUUCCUGUAAUAACGAGAAUUUCAAAAAAAUCGAAUACAACACCACCUCACAACCAUUAGCCAACUUGACACUCUCCAACAAGACAAACAAUCGUUUGUCCAAAGCUUAUCGUCCAUCGUCGCCGCUUAAGAAUGGUACCGGCACGUACAAUAGCGGUGGUGGCGGUGUAGCUGGGGGUGGCGCUGGCGGUAAUGGUGUAAAUGUCACCACUAAUGGCAGUCCAGUACUGAAACUAAAUGAACGCGAUAGCGUCGUACAUCCCCGUAUUGUGACGCUGAUAAGAAAUGGCACCAAACCACGGACAAUUAUGCGCCUUCUGCUGAAUAAACGCAAUAGUCCCAGCUUUGAUCAUGUACUAACCGCCAUCACACAAGUGGUACGCCUUGAUACCGGUUAUGUACGCAAAGUGUUUACGCUCUCCGGCAGUCCGGUUGUACAACUUGCCGAUUUCUUCGGUCCCGAUGACAUUUUCUUCGCCUAUGGCACAGAACGCGUUAACAAUCCAGAUGAUUUUAAGCUCGAACCUGACGAACACAAAGCCAUACAAGCGAUACGGAAAUCGCUACGUACCGCAGGAACUACUUACAAGGGCCCCAAACCGAAAAUGCCAGUAAAGAGUAAAAAUCUGAAUAGCGCCAAGCAUCAACAAAAUCAUCAACAAGAACCAUGUGAUCAGAUUGUUGAUGAAGAUUUGGCGGCGCUAAAUGAGAGCGGCAUUGAUGCAAGUGAACUGCCGGGAGUAAUACGUGAGCGUUACGCGUUAGGACAAAUUAUAGGCGAUGGUAAUUUUGCUGUUGUACUGAAGAUCAAAGAUCGGCAGAAUGGUUUGCCAUAUGCGUUGAAAAUCAUCGAUAAAAGCAAAUGUAAAGGCAAAGAGCACUAUAUCGAUGCAGAAGUGCGUGUAAUGAAGAAGUUACAACAUCCACAUAUUAUUUCAUUAAUCUUGGAUGUCGAUCAGCUGUCGAAUAUGUACUUGGUGCUGGAGUACGUGAGUGGUGGCGAUCUUUUCGAUGCUAUUACGCGUGUAACACGUUUUUCUGAAAAUCAGUCACGCGUGAUGAUCAAGCAUUUGGCCUCAGCCAUGGCCUAUUUACAUUCCAUGAGCAUUGUGCAUCGUGACAUUAAACCUGAGAAUCUAUUGGUUGAGUUGGACGCCAAUGGUAGUGUAACCGAACUAAAAUUAGCUGAUUUUGGUUUGGCCUGUGAAGUGACUGAACCAUUGUAUGCAGUGUGCGGCACCCCAACUUAUGUGGCACCGGAGAUACUAUUGGAAACAGGCUACGGAUUGAAGAUCGAUGUCUGGGCAGCUGGUAUUAUACUAUACAUCCUGCUUUGCGGUUUUCCACCCUUUGUGUCGCCCGACAAUCAACAAGAGCCACUAUUCGAUGCCAUCAUUACGGGAGUCUAUGAAUUCCCUGAUCCCUAUUGGUCUGAUAUUGGCGAUGGUGUACGCGACCUCAUUGCAAACAUGCUGCAAUCGGAUCCCGAUGUACGUUUCACUAGCGAAGAUAUACUGGAUCACUACUGGACUCUGGGUGAAUGUAUUGACUAUAGUAGUUGAAUUUGCUGCCUAGGUGGUGUGGUUGGUUGAAAACAGGGAGGGAAAACAGAAACAACAAAAGCAAGAGCAACAAGAUCACAUUGUAGGGAUAUAGCUAGUUUAGGUAGCUGCGCUUGUUUGUUUGUUUGUCGACGUAAACACAUAGGUUUAGUAUUUGGGGAUGUAGUAUUAGUACUGUGUAUUUAAUGGCUUAUUGAAAAACUAUAAUUUACGAAAAUUUAUUUAUAUGCGAAAACAAAAACUAAAAAAACGAAAUUAUUGAUGAGUUUUGUAAGCGCUGAAAAAUGUUAUUGUGGAUAAUUUUUUUUUGUUUUAACUAUUCAACACAGUUAGCAGCGACUUAGCUAAAAAACAUGCAUAUAUAAAAUAUAGGCUUACGUACAUAUAAACACACAUGUGCAUAUGCAUAUACAAACAUAUGUAUGCUUAAGUAUUUUAUUAAACUGUAGUAUUUAUAAUUUAUUGCUUCUUUAUAUGGCAAACCUUAAACUUAAAACACAUCUACGAAAAAUUUGGCAAACUUAUUUAGUGCACCGUUAGAAAAAGUAAAUCCACAGUUGGUAAUAAUAUUAAACGAAAAAAUAAAUUCAACCGCCUAUGAAAGGGAAAAUCAACGGAAAUGUCACAACAUGUAUAAAAUUGUACGAAUUCGAACACUAACACAAAAAAACAAAAAAAGGAAAACGCUUUCGAAAGAGAAAAAACACCAAGCAAUCAACUGAUACUAUUCGUAUAUAUUUUUUAUAUAAAUACUUUGCACUUUCAAUUUUAUUGGUUAUUUUAUGUUGCAGCAUUUAUCUGUUAUUGUCUCCCAACUGAUAUUUUCCUACAGAUUAAUCUAUUUUAUCCACUUUAUGUAUUAUUUUCUAUCAAAACUUUUACUACUUUUAAUACUAUUGCGAUAAGGAUAGCUGUAAAAUAUUUUUUAUGUUUUAUGUCAUUCUAUUUUUAGUUUUCAUUUUAAAUGCAAAACGAAAAAUCAAAACGAUGCCCCUUAAAAUGCUAUUUAACUACUUAUUAGAGUUUUGUAUGCAUAUUUUAUUAAAUAAUUUUUAAAUAAUAAUUUAAAACAAAAUUAUUGUAUUAUUGUUUUAUAUUUUAAAUUGAUAUUCUCCGGUAACUAAAGUAAUUUUGCUUUGCUUCAGCGAAUUGUUCGCCAAAUGUAUAAAUUAGUGAAUUAUUUUUAAAUCUAAUACAAACAGCUAACAUUUUUAAUGUAUACAUUGUGAUCAUGUGCUGUUUUAUCAUUAUAAAAACAAUUUUAAUGAUUCUACAUUUGUCAUAUUUUAUGUUUAUAUUUGAUUUCGUCGUUUAAAAACUGCAAGAAGAAAACGUGAAUUUCAAAACAAAAAACAUAUUAUUCGUAACUCCUUAUAGUGAAUUCAGAAACGCAUUAAUACAAAAAAAAAAAAAGAUAUAACUUAUUUCUAAUCAAUAAGGGAUAAUAAUAUCAACUAUGCAAAACCACAGGAAGCUGCUAAUUGUCGACUAAGUUGCGCAAAGUGAACACUUUCAUUAGCUAUUGCUUAAAAACAAAAUGGGCUGAUGAUUAAGAGGUAUUAGUGCGUUUUCGAAUUCCCUCAUAUUAUUAAUUGUUUUUAAAUAAAAAUUUUUAUUCUUUUAUAAACAACUGUAAUUGUUACCGUAACAGCUUAAAGCAUUCUCCAUUAAGAUUAGUGGAAUUCUGCUGGAGUGAUCUGGUCGAUCUGUUCAUUGACCUAAUAUUAAUCCGGCACGUUCCGGUAAAGCAGACCAUAUUUUCAUGGAAGUUGUCUUUUUAUUUUGUAUGUAUAUAUUUUUAGUAAAAAAAUUGUUUUUGUUUUGACUCUUUUAUUGUUUUUAUCUCUUCUUUAUAUAGUCCAAAAAAAUAUGUGUUUCGAAAAUUUAAAGAAAAUUUAUGUUAUCUCUCAAAAUAAAUAUUUUAAAUAGUGUCACACAAGAAGUCCAUUUAUUCUUAUAUUCAUACGCGUAUUGUACGUUUGUACGUGAAUACUUUAUAUACAUACAUACUUAAGUAGUACAUACAUUUCCCAAUAUUAGUACUUGAAAAAAAUUAUAUUAGCAAACACAACAACAACAAAAAACAACAUACAUAUAUAAAUAUAAAUCACAAGCAACAUAAAAAAAAAACAAUUAAAAAUGUUUGAUCAAAACGACGUAAUACAUAUUUAUAAAUGUUUAUUGUAUUUUGAAAAAUGAAAUUUUACAUAUAUAAAAUAUAUAGAGAGACACGAAGGAAUUCUAGAUAUGACGAAGCAAAAUUAUUAGAAAGUGCUAAAAACUAUCGAAAAUCAAAAAUAAAGGAAACAAAAAAAUAUAACAAAAA